AUGGGUAGGGGGAAGGUGCAGCUGAAGAGGAUUGAGAACACUACCAACAGACAGAUCACCUUCUCUAAGCGCCGGAAUGGUCUGCUGAAAAAGGCCUGCGAGCUCUCUAUCCUGUGCGAGGUGGAGGUGGGGCUUCUCAUCUUCUCCGCCACCGGCAAGUUGUACCAAUACUCGAGCCACGAGUCAGUAAACAUGUCAAACCCUGGUUUAACAUCUCCAGAUUCUUCACUUCUCUCUCUCUUUCUCCCUCCUUCCCUCGAUCUACAUAUGUCUCUGCCGAUACAUCCAUCCGCAUAUUUAUCCAUCUAA